AUGUCAGAUUCAGUACAAUCAGAAGCUAUUGAGCAGUUUAUUGCCAUAACGGGAAUUGAAUCGAAUGGCGAUGUCGAAGAGAAGGUACUGCGAUUGUUGAAUGUCCAUGACAACAAUUUAAACAAUGCCAUUUCCACAUAUUUUGAUACUGGAUUUGAAAGCAUUGAAACAGCAUCAGAAACUGUUGGCGGAAAUAUAAGUGGAAGCUCAGCAGUAGAUGCAAGAGAAAUUGAGAAUGAUGACGACAUGGAACAAUUGAUCCAUCGGUCGAGUAUGGCGUCUCGAAACGAAAUGGUGAAUCUACAAACUCAAAUGAUGAUGAAUUCUUUAAUCCCAAGAUUACCAAAAGCACCUCAGAUAUCUACAAGAUGGCAACUAGAUGUUGGGAUCCAUACUUCAAUCAUUCAUGAACGAGAAGAAAAGGAAAAGGAAAGGCAAGAGGAAAGGCAAGAGACGCAGGAGACAGAGAAUUUUGCCACUACAAAUUCUAGUACUGAAAACAAGGAGUUACUUGACCAAGAAGAGAAUUUUGAAAAUAAUGACAGAGGAAAAGAUCAAGAAAAACCAAAAAGCAAUACUUCUUUGUUAAACACAAUCUACUUUAUUUUAUUGGUAAUUCCGAAAAGCGUGAUUCUGGUCCUUCUUGCUUCGAUCAAAUUCGUCUUUGGUUUGGGGUUCGGAAGCUGGCCUUCUCAAAAUCUCAAUAAUUUUAGACAACACGCCAAUUUUAAUUAUGACAACUUCCAUCCAAACUACAAGUACCUCGAAACACUACUGGAAAGGGCCACGAUUUUUAACGAGUAUGAGAUUCACGAGUCAGAGUUUAAUGAAUUGCACACACUGUGUCAACGAGAAUAUGAUUGGCUAUUUGUUGUUCUUGCUAACGACUCCAAAGAAAGUAAUGGUUUUGUUAAUAAACUUUUCAGCCACCUGGCAUUCAAAAGAAUGUUUGCAAAAACCAAUGGCCACUACAAAAACACCAAAUUGUUUUUGGGCAAUGUUGACCACUCUCCCGAGGCAUUUGAAAUUGCCAAAACUUACAAGGUUCGGAAAAUCCCAUACGUGAUGCUAAUCGCCAAUGUAUCGCCCAGUCCCGAUAUCAUGCCAUCGAUGUCGAUUGUCUACAAAUCGAAUUUGGCAAAAAUGUUUAUUGAAGAAGAAGAAGUUGGCAUGACAGUUCAAAAAGUCACUAAGCAAUUGAGCAAAAACUGCGAAAAGUUUUACCCACAAUUGAUUGCAGCAAAAUAUGAUAAGCAAGAGAUGGAUAUAAGUCGAAUGAUUAGACAACAGCAGGAUGAUGCGUACCUGCAAUCACUUGUUCAGGAUCAAAUCAAGAAACAACAGCGCGAAGAGGAAAAGAAAUUGCAAAGGGAAGCUCAAAGUUUGCAGAAUAUAAAGACUUUGUUCUUGCUAGACUUGUUUAACUCGGGGUAUUUGCACAAAGUAUCUGAAUCAAAUGAAGUACUUAAGGUGGCAGUUAAAUUGCCACAUGGGAAACGAUUGGUUGAACAAUUUGACAAGUCGCUUACAGUGUUGGAUUUCUACAUCUUUAUCGAGUUGAAACUCUUUGUUGAAAAUUUGUUGACUGAACAUAGUCUCGAGUCAAAAGAGGAGCUUAUAGCAAAAGUGGACAAUCUAAAGAAUGAAUUGGAGAUUAUAGAUGAAGUCAAGGAAAAGUAUUCCACCAUACAAGAUUACUACAAAGAUAUGGGGUUCAAGUUUGAAGUUUUACAGCCAUAUCCCAAAAAAGUCAUUGCAGUAGAUGCGGACUUGCAGAUAGGCAGUGCGCCAGAGUUUAAAGGGGCCAACUUCUUGAUAGAAUAUAUAAUCGAGGAUGAUGAUGAAGAAGAAGGAGAAGAGGGAGAGGGGGAGGAAGCAAAAUAG